GUCAGUAACAUCUCGGCGGACGACAUGCUGUACGCAGAGACGGACCUGGAGGAGAGCAUGGAGAAGAUCGAGACCAUCAACUUCCAUGAGGUGAAGGAAGUCGCCGGCAUCAAGUUCUGGUGUUACCACGCCGGCCACGUCCUCGGAGCCGCCAUGUUCAUGAUCGAGAUCGCCGGAGUGAAGUUGUUGUACACAGGAGACUUCUCUCGUCAGGAGGACAGACAUCUGAUGGCAGCAGAGAUCCCGAGUGUCAAACCGGACAUCCUGAUCACUGAGUCCACCUAUGGGACUCACAUCCACGAGAAGCGCGAGGAGCGGGAGGCUCGUUUCUGUAACACCGUCCACGACAUCGUGAACCGAGAGGGACGCUGUCUGAUCCCCGUUUUCGCUCUGGGCCGAGCUCAGGAGCUGCUGCUCAUCCUGG